AUGGAGUUUCAGACAAAGCUCGAUGAAGAUCUUGCCUCCCACCAAGUAUCCCUGUCUGAUACAGAUGGGCAAGGUGUUGUCAUGGACAAUUUCGAAGUUGGAGGGAUCGACACUGCAAGCAAAUACGAUACAAGUCAUAUGUUCUUCGAUUUUCAGCAGAAUGUCGACCCCGUGAAUUUUGUCGCUUCCGGUGAGGUGUCUCGCACUAGUGACGAAUAUGGGUAUUACAAGAAUAAUUUUACGAGCAUGAGCAAGGAGGUGUCGUCUUUGUCAGCGCGAAGGACGUGUGAAGUUUGUAAGAGAUCCCAAGCAUCUAAGGGACAAUGGACAGCUCAAGAGGACUGGGCUUAUUUUCGUUCCACUAUAUCCGAAAAAUUUGUGAUUCCGCAGAAAGAGACAUGGACUGAGGAGGAGGAAAAGAUAAUAAUUCAAGCACACACAGAGAUUGGUAAUAAAUGGUCCGAAAUAGCGAAGAGACUCCCCAACAGGACCCAGAACUCGAUCAAGAAUCACUGGAAUGCCACCAAAAGAAGGCAAUUCACUAAGAGAAAGAGGCGUUCCAAGUAUCCGAGAGCCUCUCCCUUGCAAGAAUACAUUCAGAGCUUGAACUUAAGCGCAUCCAAGAGGUUCCCACUACAAUCUUCUGGCGGUGAUCGUGCCACGGCUGUCAACAACGAUGCAAGCAGGAACAAGUCAGCGUCCUCGAGCGAUGAUCGGUUGGUACAGAACAUUAUCAAGUUCGGUGAGUUACCGGAACAGUUGUUCGAUGAGAAGCUACUUCAAGAGGGUUGCGCGCUCGAUUCGCUUCUCGAGGACUUGCCUUGUCCACCUGAUGCUACUGUCGAAGAUGGUGGUGGUGGUGGUGAAGAGCUUGGGAUGGAAAUGCUCGAUAUGGAUUCAUUGCUGGAGUCUGAAGAGCUAAACGAGGAUCUAGACCUGGUGGAGAUGAUCACCCAAAUUUAUGCUUAA